UUCAGUUGCUUCUCUCUCUUUCUUGGCAUUCACAUCUGGGAUAGGAACGAACAGGCCUCUGUUGGGAUACAGCCGCCAUGGGAUAUCUGAAUCUCCUUCCAGUCAUGGUUAUAUCCAUGUUCUGUCAUGUUCAGUUUGGAUCAGCUUGGACGGUGAAUAAUUUCCUCAUGACUGGACCUAAGGCUUUUUUGACUUAUGCCAGCAGUGUGCAAAUGGGCGCACAAAGUGGAAUACAAGAGUGUAAACACCAGUUCGCGUGGGACAGGUGGAACUGCCCAGAAAACACACUCCAAUUAUCCACACACAAAGACCUUCGACGUGCUACAAGGGAGACGUCUUUUGUCCAUGCCAUCAGCGCAGCUGGGGUGAUGUACACGCUCACCAAGAACUGUAGUAUGGGAGACUUUGACAACUGCGGCUGCGAUGACUCCAGAAUAGGACAGACAGGCGGUAGAGGAUGGAUCUGGGGAGGCUGUAGUGAUAAUGUGGCGUUUGGGGAGAAGAUCUCCAAGCAGUUUGUGGACGCGCUGGAAGGUGGACAUGAUUCGCGAGCAGCUGUUAAUCUGCAUAACAACGAGGCAGGCAGACUGGCCAUCAAAGCUACAAUGAGGAGAGCCUGUAAGUGCCACGGAGUGUCUGGGAGCUGCAGCAUCCAAACCUGCUGGAUGCAGCUGGCCGACUUCAGGGAGGUCGGCAACUAUCUAAAGAUGAAGUACGAACAUGCAAAGAAACUGGAGAUGGACAAGAAGCCUGCGAGGGCAGGGAACAGCGCAGACAACAGAGGGGCCAUUGCGCACACCUUUCGGAGCAUCGCAAGGACGGAGCUCAUUUACCUGGAGGAUUCCCCGGAUUACUGCGUCAAGAACCAGAGCCUGGAAUUUCAGGGCACAGAGGGGCGGGAGUGCCUGAAGGGUGACAAGAGCACGUCCCAGUGGGAGAGAAAAAGUUGCCGCAGGCUGUGUUAUGAAUGCGGCCUCAGAGUGGUGGAGAAGCGCAUUGAGGUUGUCAGCAGCUGCAACUGCAAAUUUCACUGGUGCUGCACAGUUAAAUGUGACAGGUGCACGCAGGUUGUUACUAAAUAUUACUGUGCGCGUAAGGAAGGCGGGAGAAAACCGCACAACAAAACAAAGCGCAGACACCACGCGCGGCGGAGCUGAUUGGUGCGUGGUGCAUUAAGUCAGUGUCCUUAUCACUUUUAAAUUAAUCAUUAUGGACAUCAGUAGCAUUAUUCUGUAUUAUAUGAAUAGUAAUUUCAUUUUGAACUGUUACAUCACCUGAAACCUUUUAAUGCACUUUAGCUCAACGACUUGAUUCUGUACAUAAAUCAAAUUAAGUUUUUUUUUAAGGACCAAACUCUCCACGCAUGCUCAGUAGGUUAUGUAGUUGUUUAUGAGACAACUGGUCGUACUUGUUGGGGUUGUCUUCUAUGAAGUCUGAAAGUGGUCUAAUAUUUUAUAUGUAUUUUUGAUGAAA